ACUUUUUUCCAAUACUGGAAAAACAGCUGAUUGCGCAAAUACUCGUACUUCGCAAAAGUGUAGUCGUAAAAAUAGUCAAAAUUAAAAAUAGAAACUAAUUGAAUAUAUAAAAAAUAGAUGUGAAGAAUCAAAUUGAUUUAGUUUAUAAAAAAUGCAUUAUAAAAUUCUUUUCUUCACUUUUGUGUAUUCUUUAUCAAUUGUAACAGGUCAGAUAAUCUCGCCGAAUGCAGUGAACACAAAUAAUGAAACUAAAGGACUAAAACAGGGCGACAGCCCCAGUCUUCAAAUAGAGCUUAGUAAUGACACUAAUGUACCUAUUGAAUCGCAUAAGCCACGUAUCCGCAAAGUUUCAGACACCAGCGAUUCAAAACCAUCUAAAGAUUUAUUAAAUUCAACAGCUACUGGUGUCUCCCAGCAAACCAAAAUUGUUGCUGAAAAUGUGGUAAUAAAUGUGCCAACUAAUUUAACAUCUAAAACACCAGUCAUUAAUUCUACACAAAUCGAGGCCAGUGUUGAAAAUGUUAAGGAAGAUGUAGUCAAAAUUGCUCAACCAAAUGUAACAACAACAUUACAUGCAGAAAAUACUACAAGCAAUAGCAAUGUAUCUACAACAGCAAUAAAUAAGCCGACAUUAGUCACCGUAAGUAACAAUGGAACAUCAAAAACAUCUGCAGAUACAACACCAAAAUCAGUCAUCACAAUAACUAACAGUACUGCAAAGCCGACAACUCCUACUACUACAACAACUUCCACAACAAGCACUACAACAACUACCACAACAAGCACCACCACUACAACAACAACAACGACAACUACGCCUAAACCGAAGAAACCUACUAUUACUUAUGGAGUAGAAGAUUUUCCAGAUUUAGAUGGCAAUUUAAUUAAAUUAAAUGAGGCCUUGCAGCAACAAUCAACGACAUUACCAGAAACUUCACCUGUUCGUGAGAUACCAAAUGCUCAACCAUCGAAAGAAAUGAAUGGAUUCCAAAUUAAUCAUAGUCGUGAUUAUAUAGUGCCAAUUGUUACACUACUCUUUAUUUUGCCUCUAGUACUAGGUGUGAUGAUAACGGCAUACAGACGCUUUAAAGACUUUUGGUCAACCCGUCACUAUCGUCGCAUGGACUUUCUUGUUGAUGGCAUGUACAAUGACUGACAGCUUAGAACGGUUGAAGGCAGGGAUUGGGCUGAUGCAAACUUAGAGGAGGCAUUUAAAAUUGCUUAGCAAUUAGUAAAUGUUGAAAACUUUUAGAAUCGUUGUGAGGGGGGUGAUAACUAAUAAUUUAUCGUAAAGCAAAAUAUGUUUCGAGUGAGAUUGAUUUACCUAUAUCUAUUUAUACAUAUAAAUUAUUUGAUUUUUGA